UAAUAAUUGAUUUAGACCCAAAAGGAGCAGCUAAGGUAGCCUCAUUUUCAGGGCUCCACGGCUCCACGGCACCAUGCCGACAACCUGACCUGACUUGACAAGUUUACCUGACCUGAACCUUCUUGAGCCCCUUCUGGCUUUGCCUGAAUAAGGUUACCGCUGUCAAGAGUUGACGUUUCCUAGAUUCGUCCGAACUUCAUCCUCUACCCUGCCCUAUCCUGCGAGCCUGCUCGUGAGCCUCAUCCCUCCGCGCCUGGCAUCAACAACACCUCGUCGUCCUUCUCUUCGCCGCCACGGCGCAUGUCCAUGCCCCGACACUGGAUGACAUCGCCGGCGCGAGCCAUGGAAGUCUAACCCGGUCUGACGAACCUCCUGUCCAACACUCGACCGACUGGCCUCAACAGUGUCAACACAAGACGCCCAUGCUAUGCUCAUGUGUCUGCUGGAUUGGGCAUGGUCUGGUCGCAAACGUGCGAAGGAAGCCGAAGGCAGCAUGCGCGCUUCUGCUGCUGAUAGCCAGGAUCAACAGGAUCAAACGGAAAUACCUGCGCAGGAUCAAAGGAAUGAACAGAUCCACGGUCAAGGCCAAGGCCAGGAGAAUCAGAGCCAACAACAGCCCGAGGCUGAAAACCUUGUCCAGCUUGCGUCUUCGAAGUCCGAUGUUGCAAGAGGUACACCAUUCCGUUCCGGUGCCUCGCAAACCUCACCGAACGACCCUGAACCUCAGGUUUCACCCCUCGAUGAAGACGACUGGUCUUCGCUGAUCCCGGAUUCUGAGCAUGUCCGUUUCUUCAGAGAAACCGACUGGGCUGCUACACCCUUGGGCCCAUUAAAAGAAUGGGAUCAUGCUCUCCGACUUAACACUUUCACUGUGCUUGCAGACUCCAGAGCAGCAUGUGUCUACUGGGGUGCCGACAGAGUUGCUAUAUACAAUGAAGCUUUCAUUCCUUUGGCCGGCAAAACCCACCCAAUGCUGAUGGGUGCACCAUUCAAACAAGGCUUCCCCGAGAUAUGGCAGCAUUUCGAGCAAGUCUUCAACCUUGCAGAGACCACUGGCAAGGCAUCCAUUGUGGACGAUAUGGAGAUGUUCGUUGAGCGGAAUGGAUUUCUUGAAGAGGCUUUCUUUAACGGCAACUUUAUUCCACUUCGGGGCGAUAAUGGGAAGAUAGAAGGAUUUUACAAUGGCGUUUAUGAAGUUACGAGGGCGAAAAUCAACGAAAGAAGGCGAGUUAUGCUCAAUGGAUUACACAUGCCGUCACCAGAAGACAAAAGGAGGCUAGCGACCCAUGUCAUUCCAAUGCUGAAGGAGAAUCCAUGGGAUUUCCCCAUGGCUAUGAUAUAUAAGGCGGACGAUACGACUCCCGGAUUAUGUCCAGUAGUGUUGCGGGGUAACAUCGGGUUGCCAGAACACCAUCCUUUAGCCAUCGAGGCUGCCGAUAUAAGUAGCGAUGUCGGACUCAUGCCACUCAUGCGGAAGGCUAGGUGGAAGAUGCUUACAGUCCCAGUCGACGAGUCCUUUGCUGGUAUCAAAUGGAGUGGAUUUGGAGAGCCAAGCAGACACAUAACUAUUCUACCUAUUUCGGAACCUGGACGCCUGUAUGGUUUUCUUAUCGUCGGAGCCAACCCUCGGAGACCACUCGAUGAAGACUAUUAUCAGUUCAUGCAAGAUUUGGGAUCCAAAAUAUCAUCAAUGGCUAGCUCUAUCUUGAACGCUGAGGAAACUAGGAAGCGAGAAGCGAGUCUUCAAAGAGAGCUUGCUGAUCGCAUGAGGCAGAUUCGCUACAUGGCCGAAAAUGCAUCGGUAGGGAUGCAAUACAUCGCUGUUGAUGGACGUUUGAUUUGGGCGAACGACGAAUAUUAUCGAUUGACUGAACACCCCCGUGGAGAGGAGUCUCAAUAUCCUCUUUCGUUCAUGGAUGUUUUCAUCGACGAGGACCAGGCGAAAGCCAUGGAUAAUUGGAAACGUUUAGUGCAAGGAGAGUCAAGCAUUUCGACUGAGAUGCGCCUCAAACGAAUGUUCAACCCGCCAUCUGGUGACCCGGAACCUGCAAUCGUCCUUAUACAUUCUUUCCGAGUAGUGGAAGAAGGGAUAUUGAAGUCGCUCAUGGCUUUCACCACCGACGUCUCUGCUUUCAAGUGGGCCGAAGCGUCUGAAGCUCGGAAAGCUGCUGCUGCGCAGGAAGCCAAAAGACAACAGGAAGAAUUCAUUGAUUUCGUUUCUCACGAGCUGCGAAACCCUCUUUCGGCAAUCUUUCAACUUGCAGAAACAAUCAUUACUUCGUUUCCAGUCCCAGAAGGGAAGCCUCUUACCCUGUCUGAUCUCGUCGAAGGCUUGAAUGGGAAUAUUGAUCAUGCCAAAACAAUUCUGAUGUGUGCAAAGCACCAGAAGAGGAUUGUUGAUGACGUCUUGACACUCUCCAAGCUUGAAUAUACGAUGCUAUCUGUCUCACCACUGCCGGUACAAGUUCCCGAGCUCGUAGACAAGUGGAUGAAAAUGUUUGAGUCUCAACUGCUCUCGGCUGAUAUUACCAUCAAAACUAGAGCUCAUCCUUCUCUUGACAGGCGCAAUGAUGACUGGAUACUGUGCGAUGAGUCUCGAGUGCAGCAGAUCUUCAUAAACUUGAUGACGAAUGCGAUCAAGUUUACCAAAGCAGAGAGCAGGCGCCAGAUUGAAGUCGAAUAUGGAGUGACUGCUUCGAAUCCAAGGGAAUCAUUUUCCAAAGAUAUCAAGUGGGCUCCAAAUCAUCGGGAAGUGGAAGAUUUGACAGAACACCCGGAAUGGGGCCUGGGCGAGCCCCUAUACUUUACCAUUUCUGUCACUGACACCGGCAUUGGGAUGACGAGUGAGGAGAUCAAAAAGCUUUUUGGUCGUUUUAAACAAGCCAACGCUAGAACGUCCAUAAAAUAUGGCGGAUCGGGCCUGGGUCUGUUUUUAUCUGGAAGGCUCGCCGAAAAGCAAUCUGGUGAGAUCGGUGUGUCAUCAGAAAUAGGACAAGGUAGUACUUUCGCAUUCUAUGUCAAGUCGCGGCGAACCGAAAAGCAUGGCGUAUCGACACCUGAUAAUAUCCAGCUUUCUUUACCUGUUCGCUCACGAUCAAUGUCUUCGGCUUUUCAAAUCCCAGCCGUUGACUUCAAUAAAAUCCACGUCUUGCUUGUGGAAGAUAAUCUUGUAAAUCAGAAGAUCGUCCAGAAGCAGCUACUCAAGGCUGGAUGCGUUGUUUAUAUUGCGAAUCACGGCUUAGAGGCAUUGGACAUGUUGCGUGAGAGUGAUGUAUGGUCCGAGAAGUCCGCCGAGUCGAAACAUCUCGAUAUUAUCUUGAUGGAUUGGCAAAUGCCUGUGAUGGACGGGCUGGCCUGUAGUCGAGAAAUUCGGAAGCUAGAGACUGAGAAGAAGAUCACGCGGCAUGUUGAGAUCAUAGCAACAACGGCCAAUGCGAGAGAUGAGCAAAUCGAGACGGCGAUUGCGAGUGGAAUUGAUUCCGUCAUCUCAAAACCAUUCAUGGUAAGUGACCUACUCAUCAAGAUGAAAGAGCGACUCAGUAUUGCAUCCUCGGAAAAACGAAAUACAGCAGGCUAUUCGUUUUGGGAAUGAAUAUGCCAUGAUACGACAUGAUAAAACAAACAUAUAGUAGAAUAUGAAAACAUCGAAGACCACAUUUCUUGCAUUUCCUGGAGGCAUACUGCAUUGGAUCAUGGCGUUAGGGUAUUGAUCUAUAACAGAUCCGGGCUAGAUGGAUACAUACUAUAUUGAUUACAUUGCUUACAUUUGGGUAAUCCAAUGUCUCUGUGGGUAGCUAUGUAGAUCGUUGCUAAGACCGGUAUUUGGUCUUUGGAUAGAAAGAACGUGUUAUGCGACAGGCAUAUAUAGUGGAAUGUAUUGGAUACAGUACGCCACUCGUGUGCGAGGCACUUCUUUUGAAAUUUACUUCCUGUUUCUGACGGAACUUGUCGCAUCUCGCAAGUGGGAUUUGUUCAGUUCCGUUUUGCUCUUUACUCUUUUCUCUUUCGGCGUUUCUCAGUUAUCUUCGGCUCCCCAUCUGAUUGAUUUGUGUCCGAAAUUCUGUUAUUGUAAGAAUUGGAGUUUGCAGCAUUUCUUGAUGCAGAUGGCCAAAUGAAAGAUCCAGUAUAAUAAACCCUCGA